UUCUUUACUUUAUUACAGCUACAGAUCACUUCAAGAACCGUGGGUACUGAUGGAUGUGGCCGAGAGCCCUGAACAGGACCCUUGCUCUCCAGAAGACGCAGAGGAGCAGCAGGAGCUCUCGGACGAUGACAUUCUGAGGGAAAGUGGGUCUGAUCAGGAUUUGGACGGAGCUGGAGGGAGGGCUUCUGACAUAGAGGAUGAGGAGAAUCCAGCCCAGGUACUGAGCCAGGAGGAGGAGGAGAACCACUCUGACGAGGAGGACCGAGCGAGUGAGCCCAAAUCCCAGGAUCAGGACUCUGAGGCCAACGAACUGAGCCGGGGCCAGACAGGCUCCCCAUGCGAGGAAGAGGGGGAUGAAGGGGAGGAAGACCAGACAAGUGACCUCAGGGACGAGGCCUCCUCAGUCACCAGGGAGCUGGAUGAGCAUGAGCUGGAUUACGACGAGGAAGUCCCUGAGGAGCCAGUGCCCACGGUCCAGGAAGAGGAGGCUGAGAAGGCCGGGGCAGAGGAGGAUGAGGAAAAGGGGGAAGGCCCUCCUGGGGAGGAGGGGAAGGCUGGAAUUCAAAGUGCAGGAGAGAAAGAGCCCCAGGAGGCUGCCAAGGAGAAAAAAAAAGAGGACGACGAUGGAGAGAUCGAUGAUGGGGAGAUAGAUGACGAUGACCUGGAAGAAGGUGAAGUGAAGGACCCGAGUGACAGGAAGGUGAGGCCCCGUCCCACCUGCCGAUUCUUCAUGAAAGAUGUUGUGACACCAUUAUCCACUCUUCUUCCACCAAUAUCAAAUUCCAUACCAUUCAGAGGCCAGGUGAAAGGGAACUGUACCUGGGGAAUGAAUUGUAGGUUUAUACACCCUGGAGUGAACGACAAGGGGAACUACUCCCUAAUCACCAAAGCCGACCCUUUCCCGCCUAACGGUGCCCCGCCUCUCGGACCUCACCCACUGAUGCCUGCCAACCCUUGGGGUGGGCCAGUAGUUGAUGAAAUUUUGCCUCCACCCCCUCCAGAACCCCCAACAGAGAGUGCCUGGGAACGAGGACUCCGGCAUGCGAAGGAGGUUUUAAAAAAAGCAACCAUUCGAAAAGAACAGGAGCCUGAUUUUGAGGAGAAAAGGUUUACAGUGACCAUUGGUGAAGACGAACGGGAGUUUGACAAAGAAAACGAAGUUUUCCGAGAUUGGAAUUCUCGGGUCCCAAGAGAUGUCAGAGAUACAGCACUUGAGCCUUAUGCAGAUCCUUAUUAUGACUAUGAAAUAGAGCGGUUUUGGCGUGGUGGACAGUACGAGAACUUCAGGGUGCAAUAUACAGACGCAGAACCAUAUCAUAACUACCGAGAAAGGGAGAGAGAAAGAGAGAGAGAGAACAGACAGCGCGAGCGGGAGCGGGAACGGGAGCGAGACCGGGAGAGGGAGCGCCGGCAGCGGGAGCGUGAGCGGGAGCGUGAGCGCGACAAGGAGCGGCAGCGGAGGAAGGAGGAGUGGGAGCGCGAGCGAGCCAAGCGUGACGAGAAGGACAGACAGCACCGAGAACGCGACCGGGAGAAAGAGCGGGAAAAGGAGAAGGAGAAGCCGAAGCCCCGCUCCCCUCAGCCGCCCAGCCGUCAAGCUGAGCCACCAAAGAAGGAGGCCGCCUCUGCAGGGCCGCAGGUGAAGCGUGCUGAUGAGUGGAAGGACCCCUGGCGCCGAUCCAAGUCUCCCAAGAAGAAGCUCGGGCUGUCGGUCUCCCCCAGCCGGGCACGCAGGCGUCGAAAAACGUCAGCUUCUUCUGCCUCUGCAUCCAAUUCCUCCAGGUCAUCUUCACGGUCAUCGUCCUACUCUGGCUCUGGCUCAUCCCGGUCCCGGUCCCGGUCUUCGUCAUACAGCUCCUACUCUAGCCGUUCUUCCAGACACAGCUCGUUCUCAGGCAGCCGGUCCAGGUCUCGGUCCUUCUCCUCAUCCCCAUCCCCCUCUCCAACACCCUCGCCCCACAGACCUGUGAGAACCAAGGGGGAGCCGGCUCCGCCUCCCGGGAAAGCAGGAGAAAAGUCCGUGAAGAAGCUGGCCCCGCCUCCAGCCCCCCCUCAGGCUGCCAAAACCACUGCUCCUGUCCCUGAGCCCGCCAAGCCAGGGGACCCUCGGGAAGCCAGGAGGAAGGAGCGCCAAGCCAGGACCCCCCCCCGGAGGCGGACUCUCAGCGGCAGCCACAGCGGCAGCGGCAGCAGCUUCAGCGGCUCCAGCUCCCGCUCCAGGUCCCUGAGCGUGAGCAGUGUCUCCUCAGUGUCCAGUGCCACAUCCAGCAGCAGCUCAGCGCACAGUGUGGACUCGGAGGACAUGUACGCGGACCUAGCCAGCCCUGUGUCCUCAGCCAGUUCGCGUUCCCCCACCCCAGCCCAGACCAAGAAGGAGAAAGGAAAAUCUAAGAAAGAAGAUGGUGUUAAGGAGGAAAAGCGGAAAAGGGAUUCGUCCACGCAGCCACCCAAAUCUGUGAAACCACCUGCAGGUGGAAAGUCCUCCCAGCAGCCCACGACACCUCAGCAGGCACCUGCUGGGCAGCCCCAGCAGAGCACGUUCAUUGCCCACAAGGAGAUCAAGUUGACGCUAUUGAACAAGGCAGCUGAUAAGGGGAGCAGGAAGCGAUAUGAACCAUCAGACAAGGACAGACAAAGCCCUCCUCCUGCCAAGCGGGCGAACUUAUCCCCCGAGCGAGGUUCUCGGGACCGGAAGUCAGGUGGGAGACUGGGCUCCCCAAAGCCAGAGCGGCAGAGAGGCCAGAGCUCGAAAGCCCCUGUGGCCCCGGCAGACAGGAAGCGUCAGUCAUCACCCCAGUCGAGGAGCUCCAGCAAGGUCACAAGUGUACCCGGCAAGGCCUCGGACGCGGGCUCUGCCGCCAGCACCAAAUCAGGGAAGGCCAGCACACUGUCGCGGCGGGAGGAGCUCCUGAAGCAGCUCAAAGCCGUGGAGGAUGCCAUCGCACGCAAGCGGGCCAAGAUCCCCGGGAAAGUAUAGCAGAGCCCACGGGCUUGGCUCCCCAGAGCAGACUCUCACGUGUUUUUAUAAAUAGGGUAAGCACAGCCAUUUUGGAUUUUGCAGUUAAUGUCUUAUUUUGGCUGUGAUUCUUUUUAAAAAUUUAAAGAGAAAAAACAGUUUCUCAGCUGGAAAAGAAGCCACACACGAAAUGAAGAUGACGCUGGACCCCAGCCUGCUCACCAGACUGGGUCGGUCCCUCCCCUAGCAAAGUCCCACCGCACAGACAGGUCGGAGUCCCGCGACCGCAGCACCAAUUUUAUGUAAAUUAUAAGUCCAGACACCUGCCCAGCUCACAACACUUUUUCCCUCCCACCCCCCUUCCUUUUCGCCCCUCUUCCAGUCAGGCCACGGUAGCCCCUGCUGUGUGUCCCUGUCUUCAGCAGAGCUGUCCUCCGUCCUGGUAAUGAGGAACCGAACACUUCCUGAUCUACUGGCAGCGUCUUCCCUUUCCUCGUCCGCCCCAGGAUCAAAAAAUAUAUAUAUAUAUUCUUGACUAAAGUCUGAUUGGGAAAUAGUUCCUGUCUUUUAUUUUAAGCAUCAAAUUGUUUAGUUGAUUUAAAAAGGAAAAAAAAAAUACAGAAAAGACCAAAAAAACAGCCCAGGGGUAUUGUGGGGCAUCUGUCUAAUGUGGAGGAUCUUUUUUGAGGGUCUCCUAAAAUAAAAUAUUUUGAUAAGCA